AUGGUAUUUGUUGAUGAAGUAUUUCCUGCCGAUAAGUCGUCCCUUUGCUUUGAGCCCGAUGGUGAUAAACUUCCAGAUCAUGUCGCAGAAUGUGUCUCAUGGAAACGUCCUAGUCAAUGGUGCAAGAAUUGUUCCCUUUUCGUCGAUUCAGUAAACCCAGGAGAUAUCGAACAAGCUCAACUCGGAGACUGUUGGUUAUUGAGCGCAAUGGCAGUUACUGCACAGUUUCCUGAAAUACUUCAGAAAUUGUUUGUCGAGGUUAAUGAAACUGAGGGAAGAUAUGUCAUUAGAUUGUACUAUGAAAACAAAUGGCAAAACGUCACCGUGGAUGACAGAAUUCCUUGCGGUAGAGAUGGUCUUCCUUGCUAUGGACGUUGCACCUCAAAGAAUGAAUUUUGGGUCAGCAUUUUGGAAAAGGCGGUUGCAAAGCUUUUAGGCUCCUAUGAGGCGUUGGAUGGGGGUUAUCUUGAGGAGGGAGUUGUCAUGCUUACUGGAGGAAGACCUGAGAGACUCUACAUCAACAAUUGGUCUCAAAACCCAGGAAAACAACCUUGGAGAAAGGACAGACUCUGGGAAAAACUUGUUCUGUAUAAAUCAGAAAACGUCAUGAUGGGAAGUAGUAUUAGCAGCAACAGAGGAGAACAACCGAAUGAGACCAAGGGUCUUGUUGCUGGUCAUGCUUACUCCAUUCUCGACGUGAGAGAAACAAGUGACAAAAAGUACAAACUAAUUAAGCUAAAGAACCCAUGGGCAAACGAUUUCGGAGCAUGGAGUGACACCAGCCGUAAUUGGACCUACCAAUACAAGAAGGAAAUGGGAGAAGAGGUCAAGGCUGAUGGUAUCUUUUGGAUGGAGUUCAAGGACUUUUGUACCUAUUAUGACAAAAUUACAUGCUGUCGAUUAUUCAAUGAUUCCAUUUUGAGUAUGCCAAGUGAUCCCAAAUACAAAACACCAAUCACAAAGGAUGCUUUCCCAAGCGCUUCUUGGAAUAGAAAGAAACUUGUUGGGCAGUGGGACAAUGAAAAUGCAGGUGGUAUGACCAAUAAUAUUGCUUUUGCAAAGAAUCCUCAUUUCCGUUUGACUGCACAAAAGAGUGGAAGAUACUUCCUCAUCAUUUACAGAGCUUAUCUAUCACUAGAUGCUGAUGCUCAAUAUUACAGAAGUGGAAUUGGCUUUGCUGUUUACAAGGGCACAGACAGCAAUUAUAAGGUUUUACCUGCAGAAAACUCUCCUAAUGCUAUCAUGCAAUACCCAGUCUAUGGAAGAUACAAUUCCAUUGAAUUGGACUUGGAUCAAGGUGAAUAUGUCAUUACUCCUUGCACCUUGUACAGCAACAGAAAGGGGGAAUUUGUAUUCGAAGUGUAUAGCGCUUGUGACUUUGAUAUUCAACCCAUGGAAGACAAGUUGAGAAUUGUUCCACCAUCAGCAAGAGGAAAGGCAGUUCAAGAUUUCGGUGUUUCCAAACCACAACCCUCUCAAACAAGUUUUGGUACCAUCAAGAUUGGAAACAACACUAUUAAGGAAGCAAAAGCGAUGCCAACCAAAGCUUCUAACAUGAUGACAACCUAUCAAUUUGAAUUUUCCAAACGUAAACUUUAG